AUGACUCUAACUUUCUGUAAUACGACUUUGGCCAUUUCAAUCUUCCUUGUCUCGCGGUUGAUGGGAGGAUCGAACAUGAACAUGAACAUGGGCAACGUGACGUCACUCUCCACGUGCAGUAUGGCCGACAACAAAGCGAUGCAGUUCCCCCUCUCACAGCGAAGAAAACGGAGGGUACUCUUCACGCAGGCGCAGGUAUACGAGCUGGAGCGACGGUUCAAGCAGCAGAAGUACCUCAGCGCCCCUGAAAUCGAGCAGCUUGCAGCCCUCAUUCACCUCACACCAACUCAGGUCAAGAUUUGGUUCCAGAAUCACCGCUACAAGAUGAAGAGAGCAGCCAAGGAGAAGGCCAUGUCCGAGCAGGGGUCGUCGGCCAAUAGCCAGAGCGUCGGCUCCCCCAGGCGUGUCGCGGUGCCGGUGUUGGUGAAGGAUGGCAAGCCGUGUCCUAACGGGGACGACCAAGACAGCACAACCCACGCCCAAUCCACGCCAUCCACCACGCCCAUCGCCUCCUCCCAGGCCCAGCCGUCUGCGGUCCACCACGCCGCCCACCACGAUCACCACACGUCCACUUCGUACUCGGCGACUGUCCAUCACUCCGGUUCCCACGUGAUCAGCGGCUUGACCGGCGGCGGCUGCUCCUCGCCCAUGAUGACGGAGCCCGUGGUGGGCGCGGUGUCCUCCUCCGCCACGGCCGGCUGCCUGCCGCCCGUGUCCUCAAUCAGCGGCGACUACGCCCGCAUGACUCCGCCGACGCACCACAUGGUCACGCCGCCCGCGACCCCGCACAACCCGCCGAAUAUGUGUUACUUUCCGCUCCAAGGGCGCACGUGGUGAGGCAGCCUCUCGCGCGCCUGGGCCGGAGGAGGAGGAGGAGGAGGAGGAGGCCCUCACGCAAGCCAGCCCUCAAGCGCCGUUCUCCGGGCGGGGUGAACGCGACUCGUGUUGAGUAGGGUAAACCUCUUCCCUCCUUCCCCGACACCCCUUUCCUCCCCCUCGUGUGCCAUCCCUGUAAGUAACGUCAUCGUCCUCUCACGUCCCACUAGUCUGUCUAGCACCAGCGACCAUGCAGCCCACCUCACCAGUCCUCAGCCGAGUAGUAGUCCCGCUCGGCCCGGCUCCCCCUCGACCUUGGCACCUGACGACGGAUUUCUCUACGUUUGCGGUGGAUGAGAAGGAAGGAGAAAAGAAGGAACGAGAGCAAGAGCAAGAAUCCUAAGCCUGUGAACUUUUUCUUCGUAACGCCGGAAGUCGUCCAAAGAAGUAAUCCAAGAAUCCUCCUCAUCCCAUUUUGCUCAGAUGGAUAAUCAUGAAACUACGCGUCCUCUCCCUCUCCUCCUCCUCCCCCAU